CACGGACAAGUCUCUACCCAAGUUUAUAGCUGUGUAGUCUCAGACAUCCAGGUGAGAUUUAGACAAGUCUCAGGCAUCAAGGUUCACACCAGUAGUAUAGGGAUUAAAACUGGAAUAUGUCUGAAACCAAGAUGACCAGUCUAGCCAACAAGCUACAGAAAUUGGAAUUGUGCCUCAAGAGUCAACAUGGACAAGAAGUCGGGUAUGGUAGGACUCUGAGAGAAGCCAUUCUUGGAAAGGAUGACUUUAUAGAAGUAGAAGUUUUGAAAAGUCUAGGAGACCUGCAACUUGAGAAAGGCACGCUCAGUAAAAAUUCAACAGAGUUUGACAAGGCUGCUGCUCUGUAUGCUGCUGCCUUACUGCGCUGCAAAGAUCCAGACGUGGGAGAAACAGUGGAACAUCGUAUCCGCUACAUGGAGAAACUCUCCAGACAACUGCUACAGGGGUACAGUCCACACUUCCGGUGGUUGUCACCAGACUACUGGGGCACUGCGGACAGUAAUAUCUUAAGGGUGACAGAGAUUUGUGACAAACUGGACAGAAGUGUCAGAGAUUCCUUUGAACAGACUUACACAGACAUGUUAGUUACUGCAAUUGCGAACAGUGACAUGUUCUUGGAGCUUGAGGUUCUAAAAUCCCUUGGAGAUUUCUACCUUGAGAAAGGCAAGACAACCUCUGAUGUAUCCCAGUUCUCCAAGGCAUCUGCCAUGUACAGCAAGGCCCUGACAUGUGGGGGUCCUGCGACAAAACUGACUCUGGAACAUCGCAUCAGGUACACGGACAAAAUCAGGGAAGCAGUGAAAAGGAAACCAUCAUCAAAGAAACCAAGACCAAGAGAAAGAAGCCCACACAUGAGGCACCGGUCUGAGAACAUCACAAGAACUGACACUCAGGACCAACAUCUCCAUGCUGCAGACAGUACAAGAGAAUACACCAACCAUCUUAAGGAAGGAGACUCCUCCCUUGCCAGGGCAGACCUGGACUCAGCAGAGCAGCACUUUGCAGAUGCACUCAAGUUGGUACAUGUGAGAGACCCCACAGCCCAGCAGUACCGGAGAGAGGUGGAGCCCCUGUGCAAGUUGGGGGAUGUCUACAGUAAGCGAGGUCAGCAGACAGGAGACGGGGGAGACUUUGUUAAAGCAGCAGCACUCUACAACGCAGCAAUAGCCAGGUCAGAGGAUCAAGUCCUCAAUGGUAACAUAGAAACAGCUAUCAGAGAAGUAGACAGGUUGUUUCUGAAAUGUAUGUUAGAUGUUCAUUGUGUAGCUCAACACAACACAGAAAAACACAAGAAACAGCUGAAGGAGAUGCGGGACCAGAUCAAGCUGGAGAUGGAAACCAUUGACCAGCAGCUGGAUCCUUAUGUUCAUGCAGAGGAUGACCCAUGUGUCAAAGAGAUAGAGGCAAAACGAGCUCAGGCUGUCAGGCAGUUGUUUGAGAGAAUUUCACAACAAAGGAAGGCGUUCAUCAGCCUGCUUGUAGAAGAGUGCAUUUGGCCAAUGGGUCCCCUUCCCUGUAAGUAUGCUCUGAUAGGUUUGGGUUCACAGGCCACAGGACUGGUAACUCCAUACUCAGACCUGGAGUUUGCAAUCUUGGUAGAAGAAGAAAAUGAAGAAUGUCUUGAGUAUUUCCGUAACCUCACCCACUAUCUACACCUCAAGGUGGUUAACCUGGGAGAAACCAUUCUCCCAGCACUGGGAAUAAAACCUCUCAAUGACUUCCACUCUGAGAAUCCACUUGACAACUGGUACUAUGACUCUGUUACACCCCGUGGGCUUGCUUUUGAUGGCUCUAUGCCAAAGGCAAGCAAGACUCCACUGGGCAGGCAGGGAACUAAGAACAAACAACCCAGUGAACUCAUCUGCACCCCAGAACACAUGGUUUUAAAACUACAAGAUGAUGUCACACUAUACCUGAAGGAGGGCUAUCACCUUGCUACCAUCUUGAGAAACCCAUACCUGAUAGCAGGGGACCAGGAUUUGAUUGACACAUACAUGGACAUCACAUGGAAGAUACUGCAAGCUGAUGGGGGUAAAAUGGCUCAACAACUGGCACAAGAGACCAGGAAGGAAAAUAUGAAAAGGAUCCGCAAUGAGGAAACAAUUACAUGUACAGCAAGGCUGAUUGAUGUAAAGAAAGAACUCUAUCGCCUCCCAGCUUUAGCAGUGGACAGCUUGGCACUGUCUUCAGGCAUCAUACCUACCACCGUUUGGGAGACAAUAGAAGAAAUGAAAAAUCAACAAGUGAUCAGUCCCAACAAUGCACACCACCUGACAGUGCUUACCAGCAUCUCAGCAGAACUCAGGCUCAGAACAUACAUGGCAAAUGGUGGACAGAAGGAAAACCUGUCAGCUAUGGCCUCAAUGGAAACAGAACAGCAUGGACAGGAAUCAUCCAUACAGACCAAUGGUGAAGCACAGACAAAUAUGCUGAAACCGGUUUUCUACAUACAAAAUGAAAAACAGCUUUUCAGAUACUACUAUACUUCAAUCCCCCUGAAGAAGGUUUUGUCUGAAUCAUCUGAAGGGAAAGCAAAUCACUAUUCAUUCCCAGAAUUAUAUAAUAAUUCUUCAAAAGUAUGUGGAAUGAUGUACCAAGAAGUCUGCAAAUAUCAGCUGGCUAUUAGUUAUUUCCUUGAGGCCUUGAAAAAGGAUGAGCAAAUAGAUACUGAGAAAAUGGACUUGCUUGGAACCCUUGGAUCUAUUUGGCUUAUAAUGGGAGACUACCAAAAAUCGAUUGAUUACACUAAAGGGGCACUACAAUUGUGUAGGGGUAUCUAUGGUCAGAAUACAGGACAUCAUGACACAGCCCUCUUACUCAGCAACCUGGGGGGAGCCUGGCAUUACCUGGGUGAUAACAGGAAAGCAAUCAGCUACUAUAAGCAGGCACUGCAGAUGUACAGGAGUAUCUAUGGUCUGGGUACAGCACAUGCUCACAUUGCCACCUCAUUCGACAACCUGGGGUCAGCCUGGAGUGACCUGGGUGAUUACAGGAAAGCAAUCAGCUACCAUGAGCAGGCACUGCAGAUGCACAGGAGUAUCUAUGGUCAAGAUAUAGCACGUCCUCAUAUUGCCAUCUCGCUCAAUAACCUGGGGGAAACCUGGAGUAAACUGGGCAAUUACAGGAAAGCAAUCAGCUACUAUGAACAGGCACUGCAGAUUGAUAGGAGUAACUACGGUCAGGGUACAGCACAUCCUUACAUUGCCAUCUCACUCAACAACCUGGGCACAGCCUGGAGUGACCUGUGUGAUCACAGAAAAGCAGCCAACUACCAUGAGCAGGCAUUAAUGAUGCACAGGAGUAUCUAUGGUCAGGGUAUAGCACAUCCUUUGAUUGCUAAGUCACUCAACAACCUGGGGUCAGCCUGGCGCCACCUGGGUGAUAACAGAAAAGCAAUCAGCUACUAUGAACAGGCACUGCAGAUGAGAAGGCGUAUAUAUGGCCAGGGUAGAGAGCAUCCUGAGAUUGCCACCUCACUCAACAACCUGGGAUCAGCCUGGCUUGACCUGGAUGAUAGUAGGAAAGCAAUCAGUCACUUUGAACAGGCACUGCAGAUGUUUAAGGCUAUCUAUGGUCAGAGCACACCACAUCCUUACAUUGCAGGCUCACUCAUCAACCUGGGGGGAGCCUGGGGUGACCUGGGUGAUAACAGGAAAGCAAUCAGCUACUAUGAACAGGCACUGCAGAUGUACAGGAGUAUCUAUGGCCAGAGGACAGAACAUCCUGACAUUGCCAACUUACUCAAUAAUCUGGGAGAAGCCUGGAGUCACCUGGGUGAUUUCAGGAAAGCAGUUGGCUAUAAUGAACAGGCACUCCAGAUGUACAGGAGUGUCUAUGGUCAGGGUACAGAACAUCCUGACAUUGCCAUGUCACUCAACAACCUGGGGACAGCCUGGAGGCAUCUAGGUAAUUACGCUGAAGCAAUCAGCUACUAUGAACAUGCACUGCAGAUGUACAGGAGUAUCUAUGGUACAGAACAUCCUGACAUUGCCAACACACUCAACAACCUGGGGUCGGCCUGGUGGCAUCAGGGUAAUUAUAGAAAAGCAAUUAGCUACUAUGAACAGGCACUGCAGAUGUACAGGGGUAUGUAUGGUCAGGGUACCGCACAUUCUGACAUUGCUGCCUCACUCAAUAAUCUGGGGUCAACCUGGUACAAACUUGGUGACCGCAGGAAAGCCACCAGUCUCUGCCAAGAAGCCCUGGCCAUGGCAAGGCUGGUUUACGGUCAGGAUGAAAGUAACCCUUCGAUAAAAGCAAUUGAAUCUAAUUAUCUAGCUUUAUCAUUAUUAAGUAAAGUAUCUUCCAUGUCCAGUACAGAAACUGCAGAUAACAGAUAAGAAUAUUUUUUCAUCAUAUUCCAUUAGAAGACUUUCAGUUGUGUUUGUUGUGUUACACGUACAUGUUAGAAACAUUUAGACGACUGUCAGCACAACUAAAACAUGGCAAGAAGAUGAUGAAGCUUUAUUACUGAAAUUAGAUAUUCUGUUAAGAUAUUCUGUAGAAUGAUACAAGCAUUUGAAUGGUGGACUGAAGCACACAGAUAUCUGGUAUCUGCAUCUGUAUUGUAGUAAUUUCAAUUGGUAAAAGUGUACUUUAUUGUACAACACACCAACAUUUUGAACAGUGUACACUUUUAAUCAGUUUGAGAUAUUAUUGGAUCUUAUUGAAUAUGGUAUAUAGUAGUUAUGGCAAUAAUAAUAAUGAUUAUGAUGAGGACCGCUACAGAUGAUGAACUUUUGUGGAUAGACAUAUACUGUCCCUACAGCUUACAGCUAGGAUUGAGAAUGAGUGAAUAGUGGCAAAAUAUUAUAAAUGUUCAGAUCUACAUGUAAAAUAGUGUUGUGCUGUGAGAACUUUUUCAUUCACACGUUUUAGUUUUUCAUUCACACAUACACACAUCCAAUUCAAAUCCACCCCACACAUAACAGUUGUAGUAGUCCGGAGUGACAAUGUAAACAAAACACAAUAUGUUUUUAUUCAGGAGUUAAUUUUCAGAGAAUGUGACAGGAAAUCACAGGAAUUUCAUUGCUUAUAGUCAUUACAAAAACAUUCCAUAUCAUUAGAAUACAUGCUUGCCAUGAAGUGACACAAUCUGAAAGAGUUUUACUGAAUGCAAAGCUUUUGAACCCUGUGCAACCCUUCUAUGCCAGUAUUUAUGGCAACAAGACUCAAUACAAGAAUACAUGAUAUUAAGGCCACACCAAUUUAAUUUCUUUGUCUUCUAAACUUCACAAAAAGUUGUUGAACUUUUUGUUUUGAGCAAGCAUUA